GGGGGCUAUUGGGGUUCUCGGUUCUCGGCUUUCUCGAUUCUCAGGCACCAGCCGUGGGGUUGGACUUGGACUUGGGGCUUGGUCCGCCACUUGCCGCUCGCCGGCGAAUCAGUUUUGUUCCGAUCGCGCCACAGCGCACUUCGCACCACCGGCGUUUCGAAUUCGAAUUCGAGAUUCGGUAUACGAGAAGUCGAUAAAAACCGGGUUUUACGAGAAUUUAAGAAUACGUUAAAUACGAGAAUCCGUGCUUUUAGAGAGUUCAAGAGUCCGGGAAUUCUAAAUGCGACAUUUCGCCGAUUAAAUGCGGCAGCUAAAAUGUAAAUGCGAAAGUGGCCGAGCAAGCAAAAAAAUAUAAACGCGAAUAAAUUAAUUAAUAAAAUCGAUAAAAAGUUAAAGAGCCGGCUUGCGGAGAGACUGUUCUCCGUUUCAGCGCUUCGAUGAUUAUGUUUUGGCAACAAAAUGUAGAUCAGGAAUCGAAGCAGAAGAAUCCUGCGAGUCCUGCCAGUCCUUCAAGACGUUUCAACAUCAGUUUCAAUGUGAAAAUAGCCGUGAAUGUGAACACCAGGAUGUGCAAUAGCCACCUCAACCAGCAGGCCUCCUCCUCGUCCUGCGAGAAUGUUGUCCAGCAACGCUCCAGGACCUUCGAUCUCCGCCAGAAACUGACGCGGCUGGGUCGCCAACUCACCAGCGGCCAGGACGGGCAUGGUGGCAUCUCCACGAUUCUGAUCAUCAACCUCCUGCUCCUCAUCCUGCUCUCCAUGUGCUGCGAUGUGUGCCGCUCCCACGACGGCCGAGCCUUCAACUACACUGCUCCUCGCAGCCCCGAACCCUUCAAGGACGUCAAGCAGAUGGGCCUGCUCCGGCCGAAAUUGGACAGCGAUGUGGUCGAGAAGGUGGCCAUUUGGCACAAGCACGCAGCCGCCGAUCCGCCGAGCAUUGUCGAGGGCAUUGCCAUCAAUAGUCCGGCUGCAGUGCCCCCCGACUUGGUUAAUCCUGUCAAGGAGGCAUCGGAGCCGGAGCCAGAGCAGGGCCAGGAUCAAGAGCAAAGUGUGGAUGAGAGAGUGGUUCUGGAGAGGGUCACACGGGAUUGUGUUCAGCGAUGUAUUGUGGAGGAGGAUCUGUUUCUGGACGAGUUCGGCAUUCAGUGCGAAAAGGCCGACAACAGCGACAAGUGCUACAAGACACGAUGCACCAAGGGCUGUUCGCAGUGGUAUCGCGCCCUCAAGGAGCUGGAACCCUGCCAGGAGGCCUGCUCGUCGCUGCAGUUCUACCCCCACGACAUGCCCUGCAUCGCCGCCUGCGAGAUGGCCCAGCGGGACUACUGGCACCUCCAGCGCCUGGCCAUGAGCCAGCUGGUGGAGCGGACCCAGCCUCAGUUGGAGCGUUCCCCCCGGGCGGAUGGACAGCCGGCGCCUCUGACCAUACGCUGGGCGAUGCACUUUCCGGAGCACUACCUGGCCAGUCGGCCCUUCAAUAUUCAGUACCAGUUUCUCGAUCACCAUGGCCUCGAACAGGACGAGGAAGAGGACAAAACUGAGCAGGAUGUAGAGGGGGAUCCGGCGGCACAGGAUGAGCGGUCGAGCACUUGGUUCAAUCUGGCGGAUUAUGACUGUGAUGAGUACUAUGUGUGCGAGAUAUUGGAGGCUCUGAUGCCAUACACUCAGUACAGGUUUCGUUUCGAGUUACCGUUUGGGGAGAGCAGCGAGGAUGUCCUCUACUCACCAGCCACCCCCGCCUACCAAACUCCGCCCGAAGGUGCUCCCACCUCCGCUCCGGUUAUCGAUCACCUGGUGGCUCUGGACGAAAGCCACCUAGCCGUCCACUGGCAUCCCGGACGCUUUACGAAUGGACCCGUUGAGGGCUAUCGCCUGCGUCUAAGAGCCGACUCUGGAAAUCUCAGAGAACAGUUAAUGCCUUCGAUGCGGGGUAGCUACAUCUUCUCGGAACUCCAACCGGCUACCAACUACAGUCUGGAGAUCACAACCAUCAACAAACAAGGCGAAGGUCCAGCCGGGAAGGCUUCCAUAGCCACUCCACUGCCGCGAAAUGAGAAACCCGUAAAGGAUCUAACGGAGGCUGUGCUCCUGGCCGGAAAGAGGACUAUCGUUUGGCAGUCCCUGGAGCCGGGGGGCGAGAGUUCGGUGAUCUAUCAGUCGCAGGCGGAGCUACUGGACAUGGCCUGGUCGCAACAGCACCAGCAGCUCUGGCUACUGGACACUUACGGGGAACUGAAAAGUCUCAGGAUAUCCGCCGGACAGUUGAAGGCGCCGGCCGAGAAACUUCAACUGGAUCUGGGGAAUGUAACCACUGACGACGGCGACCAGUGGACGCCACGGAAACUGAGCUACGACUGGCUACGUCAUCGUCUCUACUUCGCCAUGGAGAUCCUGGGCAAGGACUCCCGUCCGAAAUACCAAUUUGUGUCUACGGAUCUCAAGGGUGAAGAUGUUUCGGAACUGGGAAGUCCCUCUGAUUGGCCAGUUCUCCAGAUGGAAGUGGAUGCCCUGAACGGUUGGAUCUUCUGGACGGAUGAGCAGGACCUGUGGCGUCGGGAUCUGAGUGACGGGAACAGCUUGCGCCUGGCCAGGAUCCGGCAGCCAGGAUGGUUCGUCCUGCAACCGAGGCACUGGCUGCUCCGCCUCCACUUGCCGCAGGAGGAGAAGAUGCUGGAGCUGAGCUACGAUGGGGAAUUCAAGCAGCCACUGGCCGCCGGAGGAGCUGCCUCCGCCUUCGCCCUGUUGGGUCGAUACCUGCUCCUGGCCAAGGAUCUCAAGCAACUAAAUCUGAUGGAUGAAAGGACACAGGCAGUGGCGGCCACGUGGCCCUUGAGCAACGUUCCCGACUGCUGCUAUUCGAUGGUACUCUUGGAUGCCGAUCUCCAGCCUCCCAGUAGCACCGGCGGAAGGCCUCGGCAGCUGAAGGCGCUCCUGGGCUCGCAGGCGGCCAAGAUCUCGUGGCUGGAACCGGAGCACAAUCCCUACCAGUCGCCGAAGGUCUUUCGCGUGUGGAGCUACGAGCUGGAGGUGCUGGACGUGGCCAGUCAGAGUGUCUUCAACAUCCGGAACAUCCGGGUGCCCUUCUUCGGCCUGCAACGCCUCCAGCCGGACAAUCUCUACCAGCUCCGGGUGCGGGCCAUCACCGGGGAGGGCGAGCCGAGGGAGUGGACGCCCUCCCUCUCCGUCCGGACGUGGCCGAUGGGACCACAUCGCCUCCGCUGGUCGAGCCGGGAGGGAAGGCUCUAUCUGACGGACGAACUGGGAGAGGGCUUGGAGGAGCAGACCGGAUUCCCCGCCCUGGCCCAGCAGCCCGGGCCCAUGACUAUGGUCAACGAUAGCACCGGAUACUAUGUCACCGAAGGCGGACUGCUGCACUGCAUCAAUCUGAGGCACCAGCCCGGGACAUGCCCCAUUCCCGAGCCCCUGCAUCACGUGGGAUCUGUGACGUAUGACUGGCGGAGCGGACGCCUCUACUGGACGGAUCUCUCCCGGAACUGUGUGAUUCGCAUGGAUCCCCGAAGUGGCAAGCGCGAGCUGCUGCCCAUCUUCGAAGCCCGCUCCCUAGCCCUGGACCCCCGGCAGGGUCACCUCUACUACACCACCAGCUCCCACCUUUCCCGCCUGGGUGGCACUCCAGAGGAGUCGCUGCUCUACUACCGGGUGAAUGGACUGGAGGGCAGCAUCGCCUCUUUCGUGUUGGACACCCAGCAGGAUCUGCUCUAUUGGCUGGUGGCAGGACCUUCGGUCCUUCGGCUGUACAGGACGCCACUGACGUUGGCCGGCCGGGAGCCCCAGCUGCUCCGCGAGAUGAGAGGCCACAGCAGGACCCUGCCGCGGAGCCUCCAGCUGGUUCGGCCGCUAGGGGCUCUGACUUGGUUGGAACGUAGUGGUCAGAGGGCCCGGCUGCUCCGCCUCACGUCCCUGGAAUCCAAUGCAAUGGUCCUGAAAACCCCGUCGGAAGCUUCUCCGGCCACGGCUCUGCAGUUGCUGGGGGAGGAGGUGCCGCCCGUGCCGGAUGAUGGAGUCAUCCCGCAGCCAGUGUCCGCCGAGAGUGUGCGUCUGGAUGACGGGCACUGGGACGACUUCCACGUCCGCUGGCAGCCCUCGACUUCCGGCGGAAAUCACAGCAUUUCCUACCGACUGCUCCUGGAGUUCGGCCAGAGGAUUCAGGCCCUGGAUCUGAGCACUCCGUUCGCCCGGCUAACCCAGCUCCCGCAGGCCCAGCUCCAGCUGAAGAUCAGCAUCACACCGCGCACGGCAUGGAGGAGUGGUCCCACUACCAGGGUGCAGCUGACGACUCCGCAGGCGGCGCCCACCCAGCCCCGGCGACUGCGCGUCUUUGUGGAGCGCCUGGCGGCUCCGCUCCGGGAUCCGAAUGUGAGUGCCCUGCUGCGGUGGGAUUCGCCGGAACAGGGACAGGACGUGGGCGCCAGUGCCGUGCAGGCCCUGGAGUAUCACAUCAGUUGCUGGCUGGGAUCGGAGCUGCACACGGAGCUCCGGCUGAAUCAGAGCGCUCUGGAGGCGCGCGUGGAGGGCCUGCAGCCGGACGAGACGUAUCACUUCCAGGUGGAGGCCCGGGUGGCCGCCACUGGGUCGGCAGCCGGAGCGGCCAGUCACGCCCUGCACGUGGCGCCCGAGGUCCAGGCGGUGCCCCGCCUCCUCUACGCCAAUGCGGAGUUCAUCGGGGAACUGGAUCUGGACACUCGGAGUCGGAGGCGUCUCGUGCACACGGCCAGUCCCGUGGAGCACCUGGCGGUGAUCGAGGGCGAGCAGAGACUCCUGUGGGUCAAUGAGCACGUGGAACUGAUGACCCACGUUCCGGGAACAACGCCCGCGAAGCUGGCCCGGAUGCGGGCCGAGGUCCUGGCCCUGGCCGUGGACUGGGUCCAGCGGACGGUCUACUGGGCGGAGCUGGACGCCGCGGGCGGUGGUCCCAAGGCGGCAGUCAUCUACCGACUGGAUCUGUGCCGCUUCGAGGGCAAGAUCCUCCAGGGCGAGCGCAUGUGGAGCACUCCGCGUGGUCGCCUGCUCCGGGAUCUGGUGGCUCUUCCCCAUGCCAGCUCCCUCAUCUGGCUGGAGUUCGACGAAGCAUCUCCGAAGGAGGGAAGCCUCAGAGGCAGGAACCUGACCGACGGAUCCGGCCUGGAGCUCAUCACCCAGCAGAAGGUGAUCCGGUUGUAUGGAGGAAGCUUGGAGCCGGGCGCCGAGACCCUCAACCUGGUGGACCAGCAGGGCAAGCUGUGUGUCUACGACGUGGCCCGGCAGCUGUGCACGGCGAGCGCCCUGCGCGCCCAGUUGAGUCUCCUUACCGAGGACUACACCACCGGGCAACUGGCCCAGGAUUCCGGCUACCUCUACGCCCUGAGGAACGCCAGUAUCCGGGCGUAUGGCCGGCGGCGCCAGCAGAUGGAGUACUUGGUGGAACUGGAGCCGGAGGAAGUGCGUCUCCUGCAGGCCCACAACUAUCAGGCGUAUCCCGGGAAGAGCUGCCUGCUCCUGCCGGCGGCUGGAGGGGUUUCCCUCAAGAAGGAGGACCUUGAGUGCCAGGAAGAGGAGUGCCGCAUCCGGCUGCCGUGGGUGCGGGCCGGGAAGGAGUGCUCCCUCCCAGUGCCUGGUGUCAGAUACCAACUGAACCUCACGUUGGAUGGUGACUCCGAGGAAGUGGCCCCUCUGGGACAGUGGCUACUGAACGCGGGGGAUACUCUGAACAUCACAGACCUCCAGCCCUUCACCCGGUACACGCUGAAGGGCAUCCUCAGUGGCUUCUACCAGAUGAAGUUGGCGCUUCCCACUUUGGAGCUCUCGCCCGCUGAGCUCCUCACCGCCCCGGCCACGCCCUCGGCGCCCAGGAACUUCAGCGCCCGGGUCCUGAGUCCCACGGAACUGGAGGUCAGCUGGCUACCGCCGGAGCAGCUUCGCAGCGACAGCGUCUACUAUAUGCUUUACUGGCAGCAGGAGCCGGAGGACGAGACCUCCGGGCAGGAUCUCAAGGAGCAGCGCCUAGAGGUGGCGGGGAGUCAUCGCUUGGCCGCCCUAAAGCCCGGAUCCGGCUAUCGUCUCUGGGUCCAGGCCCAUGCCACGCCGGCCAAGGCUAACAGCAGCGGUCGCGUCCACGUGCGCACUUUUUCGGAGCUCCCGGAACUGCAGCUCCUCGAACUGGGACCCUACUCGAUCACCCUCACCUGGGCGGGUACUCCGGAUCCCCUGAGCUCCCUCCACCUGGAGUGUCGUUCGCUGGGCGAGCAGCUGCGUCGGAACGUGGCCGGGAAUCACACACGCAUGGUGGUGGAGCCACUGCAGCCCCGGACACACUACCAGUGCCGGCUGCUGCUCGGUUAUGCCACCACACUCGGAUCAUCGCCGUACCACGGUCCGAUCGAGGAGUAUGAGACCCUGGGGGAUGCACCUAGUCAGCCCGGGCGGCCCCAGCUGGAGCACAUAGCUGGGGAGGUCUUCCGGGUCACCUGGACUCCGGCUCGGGGCAAUGGAGCCGCCAUCGUCCUCUACAACCUGGAGGCACUCCAGGCCCGGAGCAGCCGGAGGCGGAGACGUCGCCGGCGAAGGCAUGCAGAGAGCGGGGGAUCCGUGGAGCAGCUGCCGUGGGCGGAGGAGCCGACGGUGAUGGAGGACCAGUGGCUGGACUACUGCAACACCACAGAGCUGAGCUGCAUAGUCCGGAGCCUGCACUCCAGUCGCCUGCUCCUGUUCCGGGUGAGGGCGCGGAGUCAGGAGCACGGCUGGGGGCCGUACAGCGAGGAGAGCGAACGGGUGGCGGAGCCGUUCGUUUCCCCGGAAAAGAGAGGUUCCCUGGUGCUGGCUAUCAUAGCCCCGGCCGCGAUUGUCUCCAGCUGUGUCCUGGCGCUUUUCCUGGUGCGGAAGGUUCAGAAACGGCGUCUUCGCGCUAAGAAACUCCUCCAGCAGAGCCGUCCCAGUAUCUGGAGCAACCUGUCCACCUUGCAGACCCAACAACAACUAAUGGCCGUCCGGAACCGUGCCUUCUCCACCACUCUGAGUGAUGCGGACAUCGCCCUCCUGCCCCAGAUCAGUUGGAGUCAGUUGAAGUUGCUGAGAUUCCUCGGAAGCGGAGCUUUCGGGGAAGUCUACGAGGGACAACUGCAAACCGAGGACUCCAAGGAGCCGCAGCGUGUGGCCAUCAAGAGCCUGCGGAAAGGCGCCAGCGAGUUUGCGGAGCUCCUCCAGGAGGCUCAGCUGAUGAGCAAUUUCAAGCACGAGAACAUCGUCUGUCUGGUGGGGAUUUGCUUCGAUACGGAGUCCAUAUCCUUGAUAAUGGAGCACAUGGAGGCUGGGGAUCUAUUGAGUUAUUUGCGAUCAGCCAGGACCAACACCAGUCAGGACUCCCAGCCCGGUCAGGGAUUGUCGCUCUCCGAGCUCUUGGCCAUGUGCCUGGACGUGGCCAAUGGCUGUAGCUAUCUGGAGGACAUGCACUUUGUCCAUCGGGAUCUGGCCUGCAGAAACUGCCUCGUUACGGAGACCACAGGAGCCACAGGAUCAGAUCGCCGGCGAACGGUGAAGAUUGGAGACUUUGGACUGGCGAGGGACAUCUACAAGAGCGACUACUAUCGGAAGGAGGGCGAAGGACUGCUUCCAGUUCGCUGGAUGUCUCCGGAGAGCCUGGUGGAUGGUCUGUUCACCACCCAGUCGGAUGUGUGGGCCUUCGGAGUCCUCUGCUGGGAGAUCCUUACGCUGGGCCAGCAACCGUAUGCGGCGAGGAACAAUUUCGAGGUGCUGGCCCACGUCAAGGACGGAGGACGAUUGCAGCAGCCGCCCAUUUGUCCGGAUAGGCUUUACUCUCUGCUCAUCUUGUGCUGGCGCACAGAUCCUUGGGAGCGGCCUAGUUUCCGGCGCUGCUACAACACUCUCCAUGCCAUUGGCACGGAUCUCCGGCGGAGUCAGAUGGCGGGAGCCGGCCAGGAGACGGUGGUCAUAUCCCGGACAGAGCCGAGAGUGCGUUUCGACGAGGAGCCGUCCAGGAAGGAGAAGGAAAAGGAGGACCAGGAGCAGGAGCAGGAGGAUGGUCUGUCCCUGCAGGAGGUAGUUGCCACUGGGGAUGCGAGUCCUUCGAAGGAGAAACAGCUUUACGCCAAUGAAGGAAUCUCCCGGCUGUAAAGGGGUUUCUAUUUCUCACAAAAUAAUACACAACGCAAUGUGGUCACAAAUUAGCUUUCCAAUUAAAUUUUAAGAUUUACUUUUAAGCCACCAUCCUUUGCAACGAUUUUUAGUAAAUAAAAACAAAUAACUAAUUAA